AUGCAGCUGCUCAAGACCAACGAGCAAAUGAUGGACAUGAUUGACGAACAAUUGGCCGAAAUUUGGAGCGAGGUAGUGUCGACUACUGAACGAGUGAGCGGACCUCAAUCGUUGGUGGAUAAAUUGAGUCAAUUUGUCACCCAAUUGUUGCGUCAGAAACGAGAUGCUGAAAUUGCUAUUGCUAAACUAGUGGAAGUGCUGGGGUCACGAGUGUUUUUGACGGGCAAACUGACUGAUGAUGCGGUGCAGUUUGUAAAUAAUCAGUUGAGGCUGGAACUAGAAGCUUCCCAAGUGCUUGUCGAGAGAGUAAAAGUGGAAAAGAUUGUUUGCAACAAAGAGGACGAGGUUACAAGGCUUUGUAACGACGCAAACGAGUCAUUGUUGCGUCAACAGCUGCAGGAUAAUGAACAGGAAUUGCAAUCCUGUCGAGUUGCUGUCGCAGAAUUGAAGGAUGAAUUGGCACAGCAAAAGGAAAUUACGAGUAACAAACAAAAGCAACUUGAACAGGUUCUGGAGGUGAAGUUGCGCGAGAUCGAUGCGCUUUGCAAUGGUAUUGAUUUGCCCGUGGACUAUGAGCGAACCAAAACAACGGAAGGUGUAUUUUGCUACCGCCGGAAAGGUUCCAAUGGCAACAACGAGCUGGAAGAUCCUCGUGUACCUAUUGCGCUUAAACUGCGCUGUGUAGCUUCUUCGGCUGCUGCUUCGGCAUGUGUAGAUGAGAAGGAAGCCAUUUUAAAACAUGAUGGGAUCACGAGCUCCGGUAAAACGCAUCAUCUUCGAGGUUUUAGCGCGAUUGCACGCGACUUUGCAGCUCGCGAUAACAUAAUGCGUCGUUCGUCUUCGUCACCACACAUUACGCACGACAGCAAUGUACUUGCGGACAUCCCUGUCCCUCCAGAUGAUGGUCGUAAACAUACAAUCGAAGAUUUCUCGACACCACUACCUACUGGGUGGGAAAUGCGCGUGACAGCUUCGGGUGGAGUCUUUUUUCUUAACAAGUACACGACCACGACGACGUGGACUGACCCUCGACUGCUCGAGUUGGCACCUACAUUCUCCUCUGCGGACAAUGACUCAAGUCAACAGAGACCACUUGCUUGCAACACAAGCACGGUACCAUCCGAGUCUCGCCCAUCAAGGUCCAACUCGGCUACAGAGCAGAUUGCAACGGGAGAAGGGGACGAUGGCGUCCAAUACAUCGAUGUGGUGUUCGGGGAACGUGGCCCGAUCGGGAUCCAUUUCCAAGCCAAUGUGCCAGACUCAGGAGCUACUGUAAGGAGUUUGCUACCAGAUAUGGCUGCUGCCAAGAUGGAUGUUUUGGAGCCGUAUGAUGAACUGGUAGCUGUAAACAAGAAUGCUGUGGAUUCUGCGCCAUUUCACCAUGUAAUGCUAUUGCUACAAGGAGGUUUGCGGCCACUAACGCUCACCUUCAAGCGGGACCUAAACCACUCGCGACGCCCGAUGUCGCCCGUUCCAGCUGCACCGUCAAGUGACGGUGAAGCUUCUUUGGUAGGCAAGAGUGAUGUAGACGAAGAAAUUGUGUUUGACGAAGGAACAGUCGUUGACUUGGAGAAACUUCGAGUUCCUGUUGCGUCUUGUCAGAUACCAGCAGCAUCUGAAGCUAGUGACGAAGAGGAUAUGAAUGUUGCUGACAAAAUUAUCACCAACAUCUUUUCGCUUUUCUGGAAACCACCUGAGACAACAGAGGAGGAGGUCCAAACUGUGUAG